AUGGAGAGAGCGGAAACCGAAGAGGACUGCGAGGGGGAGCCGCCGAUGCACAGCGUGCACGGCAACAACCGGACCCGGCCGUCCUCCUACCGGGCACUACGCAGCGCUGUGUCCAGCCUGGCCCGCCUGGACGACUUCAGCUGCGAGAAGAUCGGCGCCGGUUUCUUCUCGGAAGUCUUUAAGGUGCAGCAUCGCGUGUCGGGCCAGGUGAUGGCGCUCAAGAUGAACAUCCUGGCCAGCAACCGGGCCAACAUGCUCAGGGAGGUCCAGCUUAUGAACAGACUCUCGCACCCCAACAUUCUCAGGUUUAUUGGCGUGUGUGUCCACGAGGGGCAACUCCACGCCCUCACUGAGUACAUCAACGGCGGCAACCUGGAGCAGCUGUUGGACAGCGAAGUAUACCUGUCGUGGAGCACGCGGCUGGACCUAGCGCUGGACAUCGCCCGCGGCUUGUGUUACCUGCACGCCAAGGGCAUCUUCCACCGCGACCUCACCUCCAAGAACUGCCUAGUUCGCUGGGAAAGCGGGACGUGUUCCGCCGUGGUUGGAGACUUUGGCUUGGCAGAGAAAAUACCCGAUUACAGCGAAAACGCGAACCUGGAGCCGUUGGCCGUGGUGGGCUCACCCUACUGGAUGGCUCCUGAGGUGCUCCGCGGCGAGCUGUACAACGAGAAGGUAGAUGUUUUUGCAUACGGGAUUAUCCUGUGCGAAGUUAUCGCGAGGAUCCAGGCGGACCCCGACUUCUUACCACGCACUGAGGACUUUGGUCUGCAUGUGGAAGCUUUCACGCAGAUGGUGGGCGACUGCCCCGCAGAUUUCCUGAACCUGGCAGUCACCUGCUGUAACAUGAGCGCUGAGUCACGCCCGUCGUUCUCCCGGAUCGCCUCUGAUCUGGAGCGCAGGGGACACCCGGAAGAGGACCCGCCGUCCACCCAGCGGCCCCCGCGGCGGCACUCCCUGGGCCCGCCGGCGGAACCCGCCACACCGCCGACGCGGUUCAACCCCUUCUCGCGACGCGACGACUUGAAAGGCGGCAAAAUCAAGCUGUACGACACCCCGAGUAAGUCCGUCAUCUCCAUGACUUUUGCGCUACCCCCGCCCCCGGAUUCCCGCCGGGGCGAGGCGUCGCCCGGGAGUCUCCGGCGCUGCCGCUCGCUGCCGUCCACGCCGCCCCCCUGUUUGUCGCGGCGCUUUUGCGACUGCGAGAUGCGCGGGGCGGGGGACUCGGGACUUCCACGGUCUCUAGAACGUCUCUCUCUCGACCAAGAAAAGAGCGAGAGCGUCCCCAUGGAUUGCGCCUGCUCGCCGGACACGCUGGACAGCUCCUCUUCGUCUUCCUUCUCCAAACUCUCCCCAUUUCCGAUGCACAUCUCCACCCCCAUAGAGCGAGGCUGGUCUCACCUAGACAACGGUGAAGUGUUCCUGAGCGGACCCGGGGGCCGUGGCGCCGCCCCGACGGGAAUCAACAACAACGGUUGCCACUCACCGUCCGGCGAACCCGACGCCAAGUCCCCAGAGGAGGAGGAGGUCCUCUCAUGUCCGGGCUGCUUCCCUUCCGUGUGUUUCAGGACGCCACACGGGACCGCCUACUAG